CUUCCCUCCGCCUGCCUCUGCUCACAUUCACAUUGUUAUUGAGUGGAGGCGAGUGGAGCCGGUUUCAGUCAGUGAGUCAGUCAGUCACUGAGGCAGUAGAACCCAGAACCAGGAGAACCAGGAGGGACCAGGAGAACGGAGGAAGGCCUCGGAGCUACAACCAGACCUUCUCCUUCACAGUAACCAUGCUGCUUCUGGACGAAUCAGAGUCCUUUACAGAUCAGUCCCACAGCGCCCCCUUCAGCUCCGAGAAUGAGGCUCAGGGCGGCGACCCGGCCGGGUGGCAGUGCACCCCCCCUCCAUCUACCUCGCCUUCGGAGGAGACGCCGGCCCACCCGCCCCCCUCCCAACCCGCGUCCAGACCACGAUCCAGACCGGCCAGCCAAAGCCCCUCCCCCCCCUCCGCCCUGACGGGAACCAAGAAGAGGAGCUCCAAACCGGCGCACAUGAGACGCAACAUCAGGAAGUUGCUUCGUGAGCAUCAGUUGGAGGCAGUGACCAAAGCCGCCCAGCAGGAGGAGCUGGAGAGGAGGCGACGCCUGGAGCAGCAGAGGAAGCAGGACUUUCCCCUCCCACUGCUGCCCGAGUACACAACAGGUGAUGUAACAAACCGUGUGACAUCUGCAUCAGCGUCAGCGUCGCAGCAGGAAGUGAAGCCGUCCAGACAGGAAGUGAUCUGCCUGGACUCCAGCAGCACCAGCAUCAGCGAGGAUGUUGGGAAAGCCGACGGUCCCGCCUCCACCAAGUCAGAGAUCGCACACAAAACAGACGUGAUCGAUCUGAGCUCAGGAGAUGACGACACCAUCGUCCACAUCAGCGGCGAAUCCACCAAUGAAGAAGAAGAGGGUGAGCCAAGCGGUGCCCACUCCAACGACUCCCUGAACCGUCCGGACGCUCAGGGCCGCGUGUUGGUCAACCUCAACCACCCGACCACCGAGGACGACAUCUUCCUGUCGCCGCAGCUGGCGCGAGCGGUCAAACCCCACCAGAUCGGCGGCAUCCGCUUCCUGUACGAUAACCUGGUGGAGUCGGUGGAGCAUUUCCAUGGCAGCAGCGGCUUCGGCUGCAUCCUGGCCCACAGCAUGGGUCUGGGCAAAACGCUGCAGGUCAUCUCCUUCAUUGACGUCCUGUUCAGACACACCGAGGCUCACACCGUGCUCGCCAUCGUACCCGUGAACACGCUGCAGAACUGGCUGUCGGAGUUCAACAUGUGGGUCCCGCCUGCGGAGGCAUUACCUCCAGACGUGGACCGUAACCUUGUGACCCCUCGCACUUUUAAAGUUCACAUCCUCAACGACGAACACAAGAACACGGCGACCAGGGCCAAGGUGGUGGAGGACUGGUCCCGGGACGGCGGCGUCCUGCUGAUGGGAUACGAGAUGUACCGCCUCCUGUCACUGAAGAAGAGCUUCGUAGCCGGGAGGAAGAAGAAAAGCAAGAAAACCACGAGUCCAGUCGUCAUCGAUCUGGACGAGGAGGACCGGCAGCAGGAACUACUGAAAGGUAUCGAGAGAGCCCUGGCCCGACCCGGUCCGGACGUGGUGAUCUGCGAUGAAGGCCACCGCAUCAAAAACUGCCACGCCAGCACAUCCCAGGCCCUGAAGAACAUCCGGACACGGCGUCGAGUGGUUCUGACCGGGUACCCGCUCCAGAACAACCUGAUCGAGUACUGGUGCAUGGUGGACUUCGUCCGGCCCGACUUCCUAGGUACACGUCAGGAGUUCAGUAACAUGUUUGAGCGUCCGAUUCUGAACGGGCAGUGUGUGGACAGUACGCCACAGGACAUCCAGCUGAUGAGGUACCGGAGCCAUGUCCUGCACAGUCUGCUGGAGGGAUUCGUACAGCGACGAGGUCAUGACGUCCUGAAGGACCAGCUGCCCUCCAAGGAGGAACAUGUGAUCCUGGUGCGUCUGUCUCCCCUGCAGAGGGCGCUCUACACCGAGUUCAUGAACCGCUUCAGAGAGGCAGGAAACAGCGGUUGGUUGAGUCUGAACCCACUCAAGGCCUUCUGCGUCUGCUGCAAGAUCUGGAACCAUCCCGACGUUCUGUACGAGGCGUUGCAGAAGGAGAACCUGGCCAGCGAACAGGACCUGGACCUGGACGACAUCACCUCCAGCCGAUGCGCCUCCUCAGCCAAUCAGAAGCCAAAACCUCUGGAGAACCCCAACCCCAUUGGUGGACUGAGUCUGAACCAGCUGCAGGAGAAAGCCAAUCAGGUCAUCACCUAUGAAUGGGCGAAGGACAUCAUGUGUGACUACAAACCUGGGAUCCUGGAGAACUCUGCUAAGAUGGUUCUGCUGUUCCAUCUGAUAGAAGAGAGCGUCCGUAAAGGAGACAAACUCCUGGUGUUCAGUCAGAGUUUGUCCACGCUGACGGUCAUCGAGGAUUUCCUGGCAAAGAGGCCGGUUCCUCCUUCACCCAACUCAUCCAAACCGAACCAGAACUGGGUCCGAAACCUCAACUACUACAGACUGGAUGGAAGUACGACGGCCUCAGAGAGAGAGCGGCUCAUUAACCAGUUCAACGACCCCUCCAACACCUCGGCCUGGGUCUUCCUGUUGUCGACCAGGGCCGGGUGUCUGGGCGUCAACCUGAUCGGAGCCAACCGCGUGGUGGUGUUCGACGCCUCGUGGAACCCGUGUCACGACGCUCAGGCGGUUUGUCGAGUUUAUCGGUACGGACAGAGGAAGGCGUGUCACAUCUACAGGCUGGUGUGUGACUUCACCCUGGAGAAGAAGAUCUACGACCGGCAGAUCUCCAAACAGGGAAUGUCAGACCGGGUGGUGGACGACCUCAACCCCGUCCUGACCUUCACCAGGAGGGAGGUGGAGUCUCUGCUUCACUUUGUGGAGGAGGAGCCCGACCCCACCCAGGUCCAACUGAAGCCUCGAGACAACAUGGAGGGGGUCCUGAAGAAGGGGCUGCACCUGUACCCCCACCUCAUCACCAAGCAUCCGUUCCCCCAUGAGUCUUUGCUGAUGGAUCGCCGAGAGCUGAAGCUGAGCAGCGCUGAGAAAAUAGCCGCUAAGAAAGGUUACGAAGACGAGAAGAGGGCGUCGGUGCCGUACACCCGGCCUUCAUACGCCCACUACUACCCGGCCAGCGACCAGAGCCUCACCAACAUCCCCGCCUUCAGCCAGAGGAACUGGCGUCCACCCCCUCGUACUGAAGAGAAGCCGGUGGCCAGCGUCCGGCCCGUCCAGUCAACUUCAGUUCCCAUGAUGCCACGGCAGGCGUCGACAGGCUCCGCCCCAAGCAGCGACUCGUCCAUGUCCCGACUCGGAGGUUUCCCUGUCAACUGUUUGCAGAAAGCCGGGGUGUUCGUGCAGAAGAUCGUCACCACUACUGACAUAGUGAUUCCAGGCACCAACAGCUCAACCGACGUUCAAGCCAGAAUCACCACAGGAGAAAGUAUCCACAUCAUCAGAGGCACCAAAGGGACGUACAUCAGGACGUCCGACGGUCGGAUCUUCGCCAUUAGAGCGGCGAACAAAGCCAAGGCAGCAGAUGAAAGCACAACAGCGCCCCCCAAAGACCCCCAGGCCCCCCCUGAGGACGUCCCGUCCAACGACAGUAGCGGCUAUCUGUCACCGGACAGGAAGCAGGCGGUGCUGUCCAAACCCAUGCCCCGCCCCGUGUCCCCCGACAGCCCCGAGAUCAUCAACGAGCUGCAGCGCUACACCGGAGGAGGGUCCGGAUCGGGUCUGGCUUCAGGACCCGGAGUCCAGUCUGAGAGGGCGCCGGAGAGCAGCAGCAACAGCAAACUGGUCCAGACCAAGACCGGAGCCAGCGGGACCGGAAACAUGAGCCACCGCGAUGUGAUCCAGCCCAACAUGGACGCCAUGGCGGCCCAGGACCUGAGGACCGGGUCCAAACGCAAGGCCUCCACCCCGACUCAGGAGGAGCGGCCCGGUAAGCAGGCGGCGGCAGGGCAGCACUCGGCGCCGCUGACCUCCCAGAGCUUCCCUUUCGGCGGGGGCUAUGGCCUCCCCCCUCUGGGCCUGAACCCGGCCAUGCUGGGACACCCCCUCUACAGCUCGCCUUAUUUCCAGUCGCCCCAGAUGGGAGACCCGGGAUACAUGUACCCAGAUCUGUUCGGCUCCGCCUCCACCUCCUCCGCCACCACCACGGCAUCCUCCUCGUCUCCGCCGUCAUCCUCCGUGUCCGGGCCCCUCCCUCCGUUCAUGCUGAGGCCUGGCAUGGCGGGGAUGCUCCCCCCAGGCUUCCCCCUGUCCUACCCCCAGUCCCUGGCCAGCCUCUACACCGGCUCCAUGCUUCCAGGCGGACUCCCCGGUCCGGCCGCCACCCCCGGUCCGGCCGGCGCCAGCUUCCUGUCCCAGUACCCCUCCACCGCCGCCUCCUCCUCCUCCUCCUCCUCUCCCUCCUCCUUCUCCUCAUCAGCUCGGUCCGAGGGCCACCACCGGGGCCCGGUUCUGGUCAACGGCGGGAACGUGAGCAGCUCCGGCAGCUCCGACGACGACGAUGAUGUGAUCGAGGUCGGAGGGCAGUGACUGACCUGAGACCUGAACCGGAUCGACUUCAACAAACAGGCACGGGGUCCUGUUCGCCAGGAUUCAGCCACGAGGGAAAAGGACAAAACAUGAAAGACUGAGCCCCUGUCGAUGUUUUAGAGAUUCUGGAUCUGGACCGGACUCAUUCAACCGGAAGAGGAAGGCAACCCCAGGACUUUGGGCUUCCACGUGUCUGUCCGAUACUGGCAUUGAAAUCCUUAUCACUGGACUUUUACUGCUGAGUGUGGGCCUGCAGUGACCACAGAUGGCCACUAGUUGUGCUGUUGAGAUUCUAGUUCUGCAGCUUUGCUAAAUGUCAAGACUUUUGCUUUUUCAGCUCAUUAAAAAAACGUAGUAGGGUGGACAUGCUUAUAUAUUAAAAAAAAAAAAAAAAAGGUUUGACAAUGAAGUUAGCUGGUAGCAACAUUCGUUAAAUAUCAGUAACUUAAAUGGUAUCGUUUGUCAUUUGUCAAAUAUUGCUACUGAAUAUUUCUAAAAACAGUUAAAAGAUCAAGUAGAAGUUUAGAAAGCAUCGUGAUUGAACUUAAUAAUUCACUGCCAGGACAGGGGUAAUGUACGCUUAGUUUUCUCUUGAAGAAAAAAAACAAAAAAACAUGGGAUCAUCUUGAAAUAAGUGGUUGAGGCUCGAGGAUUAAGUAAAAACUGAACCUUAAAACUCAUACGAGAGAAUGUACGCUUAAUCGGAUGCCUUUAAACCAGGCCUUUAGACGAGACUCCCUCUAUUUAGGCAACAGAAGUGGGAAGAUCUGGUUUUGUUUUUGCUUUUUUUUUAUAUUUAUGUGAUCUUUUAAGAAAAUCAAUGCCUAAAAAAAAAACAGCCAGGUUUAAUGAAAAAAAAAAAAAAAAAAAACGAGGAAAACUGUGUUUCAGUGAGGUGUCCUCCUUGUAGCGGAGAAACAACCAACAGAAGAUGCCUUUUUUUGCCUCCGUCUUUCUGAAUGUGAACUGUGAGAGGAGACGUCGACUCACCACAGUCUUACUGUAGCCUAGAGAAAAAUGAUGCAACACUCACUCAAGCCUAUAUCUGUAUCUGUCCAAGCCCCGCCCCCAGAGGACUUGACCCCGCCCCCACCCCGACACUGUUCGGUUCAGCUCGUGUCGUUACCGUGUUCGUACCCGUGCGUCGUGUUUUUAAAGUUAAAAAAAAUAGUAAUAAAGAGAAACUGUCGGUUUGGUUCAGAGACAGAUAGACUUCUGCUGUUUAUUCGUUCUGUUUCAUCACAUUUUGAGGGAAAAAAGAAGGAUGAUUGUGAAACCAAAUCCCUUUAUUUUAUUUUGUUUUGUUUUGGAGAAAUGCUGUAGCUUUGCCAAAAAAAAUCCAAAAAAACCCACUUAUAUUUGGAAUGAAGUUGAAUCGCUGCCAGACAAAAGAAAACAUCCGCAACACAUUAAUAAAUGGAAAGUUUAUUGUUAGAACCAGACAUUUUCAUUUAAUUACAGAACACAGUGUUUUUCAUAUUUUCAACUUUCAUGAUUUUCUUUUUGAAGGAAGAUGAUCCUCUUGUAAUACAAGAUGUUUUAUUUUUACAGAACAAGACACUGUUCUCAUGUUAUAACAACAAACGUUCAUUUUACAUCCAGAUACUUUCACAUAACAUCAUAUUUUUGACAUAACAUGAUUUUCAUGGUUAAAAAUAUGAUUUUCACUUUACAACUUACUGAUUAUUUUUUAUGUUUAGAUAUAUUUUCACAUAACAAGGUAUUUUGGCAUUGUCAUAAGAUGAUUUCCAAUGUUAUGAGACAUUUUUGAUGUUAUAACAGGAUAUUAUCAGAUGCCUUUCACAUUAUAACAUUAUUUCAAAUUAUUUUUUGCAUAAGGUAUUUUCAUGGUACAGCAUGAUUUUUACUUUACCACUAGUUGGAAAAAUAUAUUUUUCACCUUAUUUUUUUUACAUUAUACUUGAUUGUCUGGUUAAAAAUGUAUUUUCCACAUUACAACAGAAUAAUUUUUUAACAUUUUUCAUAUUAUGACAUUAUUUUCAUGUUAAAACGAACAUUUUCAUACCACAGCAAGAUAUUUUCACAUUUUCAUGAUAUAACACAAUUUUCAUGUUUUCACCUAGUAACAUUAAUUUUCACACCACACACACACGUCAUUUAAGAAUUUUUUGUUCUAAAAAUCUUGAGUUUGUCUCAUGUAAACAUGAAGCAGUUCCUUCUAUAUUUAGAUUAAUUCAGUUUUGUUACAAUGUAAAGGCUCUUGUUAUAACGUGAAAAUAUGUUGUUUUAAGUUUGGAUUUUUACAUGAUGUGAUUUCUUUUGUCUGGCAGCGAUGCAUCGUCCGCCUACAGAGACUUUACAGAAUAUCAUCAUCUGUAGAUGAAUCGUAUUAAUUAUUGAUUUAACAUAUCUCCGUAGGCGGAUUAUCCAAAUUACGGAGGAGGAUUAGAGCCACUGGAAAAAAAAAAAAAGGUCCAAUAUAUUUUUUUUGUUUUUAUUGUGAGAAAAAAGUCUGAAUUCUGACUUUGAUCUCAGAAUUCUGACUUUUUCUGGAAAAAAAAUAUAUUGGACCUUAAUUUUAACUUUUUUUUCCAGUGGCCCUAAUCCUCUUCUGUACCAAAUAAAUCCUAAAAAUUUAAACAAAAUCGAUGCAGAAGCACAUCAGCGUCCUCCAGCUCAGAGGUUCGUCUCUAGAGACCAAAUAUCGCGUUGAUGGCGUCCACAGUUGAGACGUACAUAUCCGUUCCUCUGUUCACACUGUACGCUGUACUACACUGUAAAAAAUAUCAAAGAUAAAACACCUGAAAACGGGGAAACCUCGACCAAAAGCCCCAGAUCCACCUGAACCCUCCUCACUCUGCUGUUCCAUCGAUCCACAGCGUAGAAAACAACAACAACAAACACCCACGACCUCCUGUUCUCCUCUUCCACGUUUUUUUGUUCAUCAUACUGCUUAGUUUACUUAUUUUGUUUCCUCUUUUUACAAUGUUUGAAUUUACCAAAUUAAUUUAUUUAUAACGGUUCAUAUUUAUUCAUUUGUAUUUUUAUUUUUGUACAAUUUUUGGUUGUUUUCUCUCGGUCUGAUGACCUUUUCUUUCACUUGUUUGUAAAAUGUUGUUGUUACUCUUCUUGUUACAGGUGGGAAAGGCUCCAGAUUAGUGAUUUUUUUUUCUUUUUGUGUGUGUGUGUUUUGUUUUUUUUCGUGACAAUCUGCUGAUCUGACCCAACACAUGUGACUGCCUUCAAAACAUGUGGACCAAUCAGACACCAUGUCGGGUUUACAGAUGUACUUCUCUGUAUCCACGAGCGCACAUUUCAUCUUUUUUUUGUGAAAUCUGGACGUAACUCUGAAUCAUCUUCCUCUUUGCAUGUAGCUGAAGGUCGGUCACAGGUCAAAGGUCAGAAGUCGAAGCAGUUCAACCACUCAGACGCUGAUGUUUCCUCCUCUUUAUUGUUUCCACUUCGUCUGAAAUGUCCAUGACUUUUAUUGUUGAUUGUCAGCUCAGCCUUUUUCCGCGCUGACCGACUGCUCUAUUAUUUCACAGCUUUCUACUUGAAUUUACAUAUAUUUAUUUAUACAAAUCGAAGCGGGCCAGGCCGAGCCGAGCCAAACCGGGCCGAGCCGAGCCAGGCUGCCUGUCUGAAUUCCAUUGAAGCCGAGGAGAGCGUUCACGCGGCCGUCUCCGAGGAGCGGCGCUAAUCGAAGCCUGUCGUGUAGUUUAUUGUUGGAUGAUGUCUCUGAUCUUACUUUUAGAUCCUCUUUUUUGUUUUUUGAAGUUUGUAAAUAAAGAGAAACAUGUUCUAAAUG